AGUAAGAUACCUGCUGGCCGGUUGCUGACCCAGCAAAGCUCCCGGCCUGUGUUUGGGCCUCCACUCCCCCUUAGUCUAACUAGCCAAGCAUGGCUACCAAGAAGACCGGUCACCGACUGGAGACGGAAAUCGAACGCUGCCGCUCUGAGUGCCAGUGGGAACGGAUCUACGAGCUUGUCAAACAACUGUCUACGAAACUCAUCUCCAAUGAUGACAUGGCUGAGCUGCUGCUGGGAGAGGGGAAGCUGGAGCAGUAUCUUAAAGAUAACCCACUCAAACAAGGAGCCAGUCCUCGGGGACUUCGGCCAAAACUGACCGAUGUCCGGAAGCACCUCACUGCUGCGCUGGACAGAGGAAACCUCAAGCCAGAAUUCAUGCAAGAAGCCAAACUGAUCAUGGCCAAGCUGAACUAUGUUGAGGGGGACUACAAAGAAGCUCUCAGCCUCUAUUCAAAAGUGGGUCUGGAUGACUUGCAGUUGGUGGCCUCACCGCCCUACAGGCUGAGGAUGAUUGCAGAAGCCUUUGCUACCAAAGGGCUUUGUCUAGAAAAGCUGUCAGUCUCUUCCUCUACCAACAGCCUUCAUGUGGACCGUGACCAAGAAAUCAUCACUUGCUACGAGAAGGCUGGGGAUAUAGCCCUCCUAUACCUGCAAGAGAUAGAGAGAAUGCAAAUGGCAAAUAUUCAAAACAGGAGUCCUAAGCCUGGACCUGCAUCCCCGGACCAGGAGCUGAGCUUCUUCCUUGAGACAGGCCUCCAGCGAGCGCACGUCAUCUACUUCAAAAAUGGGAACCUAACCAGAGGAGUGGGAAGAUUCAGAGAAAUCUUAAGAGCCGUAGAAACAAGAACCACCCAGAACCUGCGAAUGACAAUAGCCAGACAGUUGGCUGAAAUUCUGCUCCGUGGAAUGUGUGAGCAGAGUUACUGGAAUCCUCUGGAAGAACCACCUAACCAGUCUCCCUUAGAUGACCCACUCUGCCAGGAACAUGGUACCAAGAGAUACGCACUUAGCAGGAGGCCUAAGGUGUACAUGGGUGAGAACAUUUUCUGCCCUAAAGAAAAUACAGAAGAGGCUCUGUUAUUGCUGCUCAUCAGUGAAUCCAUGGCUAACAGGGAUGCGGUGCUGAGCAGAAUACCGGAACACAAGAACGAUCGUAUUAUCAGUCUGCAGAGUGCGUCUGUAGUGUAUGAUUUACUCACUAUAGCACUGGGAAGAAGGGGACAGUAUGAGAUGCUCUCCGAGUGUUUGGAAAGAGCCAUGAAGUUUGCAUUUGAGGAGUUCCAUCUGUGGUACCAGUUUGCCCUCUCACUGAUGGCUGCAGGAAAGUCUGCCCGAGCUGUAAAGAUUUUAAAAGAAUGUAUACGCCUAAAACCAGAGGAUGCCACUAUACCACUUCUUGCUGCCAAGCUGUGCAUGGGCUCCUUGCAUUGGAUGGAAGAAGCCGAGAGAUUUGCCAGUAUGGUUGUGGAGUUCGGAGACAAGAGCUUAGAAUUUAAAGCCAAAGGCUACCUGGCACUGGGACUCACUUAUAGUUUACAAGCUACCGAUGCUUCACUGAGAGGUAUGCAGGAGGAUCUGCAGAGAAAAGCUCUUCUUGCAUUUCAGAGGGCACACAGCCUUUCCCCAACUGAUCAUUUAGCAGCUUUUUACCUGGCUCUACAGCUGGCAAUAUCAAGACAGAUUCCAGAAGCCUUGGGUUAUGUGAGACAGGCGCUUCAACUCCAGGGCGAUGACUCAAACUCUCUGCAUUUGCUGGCACUUUUGUUAUCUGCUCAGAAGCACUACCAUGAUGCCUUGAAUAUUAUUGACAUGGCACUGAGUGAAUAUCCAGAAAACUUUAUAUUGCUGUUUACAAAAGUGAAAUUAGAGUCUUUAUGUCGGGGUCCUGACGAAGCUCUACUGACGUGCAAACAUAUGCUGCAGAUUUGGAAGUCCUGCUAUAAUCUAACCAAUCCAAGUGAUUCUGGACGUGGUAGCAGUCUGCUAGACAGGGCCAUCGCUGACCGGCGGCAACUGAACAGCAUUACCCUGCCAGACUUCAGUGACCCAGAGACAGCAUCAGAUUCCUCUUCUCUUUCAAGACCCGAAUCUCCUCUCCACCUGUUUGUUUCUUCUCAUCUUCCUCACUCUCCUCCUAAACCUGAUCAAAUUAUAAAGGCCCCGGCAAACCCUGAGCUGUCCCCAGGGCCGCAAGAUCCUCCUCUCUGUUCAGUUCAUGCAACCUCCAUUGCAGCGUCACGUGUAGAGCAAGCACUGUCUGAGGUGGCAUCAUCCCUCCAAAGCAGCACACCCAAGCAAGGUCCUCUGCACCCAUGGAUGACGCUAGCGCAAAUCUGGCUUCAUGCAGCGGAGGUGUAUAUCGGUAUAGGGAAGCCUGCUGAAGCCACAGCCUGUAUCCAAGAAGCAGCUAAUCUCUUCCCAAUGUCUCACAAUGUGCUGUACAUGAGAGGCCAGGUUGCUGAGUUACGUGGAAAUAUUGAUGAAGCAAAGCGUUGGUAUGAAGAGGCCUUAUCUAUUAGCCCCACCCAUGUGAAGAGCAUGCAGAGAUUGAGUCUAAUACUUCACCAUCUGGGCCGAUAUAGCUUAGCAGAAAAGAUCCUCCGGGAUGCAGUGCAGGUGAACUCAACGGCGCAUGAGGUGUGGAACAGCCUUGGGGUAGUUCUCCAAGCUCAAGGUCAUGAUGAUGCCGCUACAGAGUGUUUUCUGACAGCACUGGAGCUAGAGGCCAGCAGUCCCAUAGUACCUUUUACUAUAAUUCCGAGGGUCUUGUGAGAGGCAAGAACACUCUAUUUCAACACAAGCAGUGCAUGUCCAGUAAUGGAACAGCAAACCUAAUCAUGGAGAUUCUUCAGGAAACUUAUCCAGUGGAAAUUCCAAUUCACUGUUACAAUCAUAAUGUUUAAAUUAAUUAUAACCAGUAGACUUCACUUUCAUUUCUGUUUUCUUGCCAGUCUGGUAUUGUUUUAAGCUGCAGACUGUUCUGCCUUGAACUACAAAUUUGUUUUGAAUGUCAGUCUAUGUGUGUUCAAAAUGGCUGCCAAAAUUGUGGGUCACUCACCUAGUCCAUAACAUGCCAUCCCCACCGGUCCUGAGCAAAGCUACAUAAACAGUAGGAAUGCACUUUUAUAAAGGAGCAACAACUGCAAGUUUGGUUUGGUUUUGAAUAGGGUUAGGCAUGGAUUCCAAAAGCUGUGGAGGAUGGUUUGGUAUCUUUCUCUGUCAAGGAACUGGCUUUAUGUGCUAUUUAGAUGUAAUACAUUUCAUGAAACAUUUUUUUUUCCCAUUAUAAACUUUAUUUUCUAGAUUUAACAUUACUUUGCUGGUCUGCAAUGCUCAGUCAGAUUUCAUAAUACCUAUUUGGUCACUUACCGCACAGUAGGCAGCAUCCCGUAAAGAGCUUUGUUACUGAUUAAAUAUCUGAAUCUAUUUGAUGUUUCACUGUUUUUCUUCCUGACAUACAAACAAAUGAAAAUAGGUUAGAUUAGUAGUAUAUUCAGUGUUUUAAUUUAAUGCUUUAUUUCAUCUAAACUUUGUAAUUGACAUCAUUAACCACUUUAAACUAAAGGCCAUGUGAUACGAUUGCAGAAUAAACUAGUCGUUUUAAAUGAGACAAUAUUAAAGUAAACUGUUUUCUAAGAUAUUUGUUAUUGAUGACAGUUAAAUAUUCAGUCUAACUGUAUUGCCAAAAUAUCAAAGUUACAGUUCAUGACUAACUUGAAGUGUGCUUCAGUAAUGCAGCUGGGUGACAUAUUCUUCAAGUCCCAAGUCCAUAAAAACCUAAAUGUUAUUGAGGUCAGAUUCUAUCUUUGUAGUUUGUUUUUCAGUUAUGCUAGAUUUCCCCUAACAUUACAAAUAUGCCUAUUUUUUAAGUUGUAAAAUCAUCUGAAAUCCUACCAUUCUAACCAAGUCCAUAAUUUAAAUAGGUCAUAUGGAGAUCCUUUUUCACCAAUACCAGUCUUGACUUACAGUGACCACAAGAUAUUGGAGUGUUAUCGAGACAUUUAAACACACAACAUACACUAUGUAGUACAAAACAACUGUGUAACCUCUUGCCAAAAGUGUGACCAUGCUGUAUUUUUUGUGUCACAGUUGUGAUUCAGAAAUGUAAGCGGUCAUGUCACGUCUUUAUUUUUUGUGGCUGUGGAUUGAAAUAUGCUGUAAAACAAAGAGAUGAAGAGAAACAAAUAUUUAUAUUUUGCAAAUAAAAUGCCUGUUACAAGACACAUUAAGAAAAUGUUGUUGUAUUUAAUUUUUUUUUUCAAUGUGAAGUCAGAGUUUAUUUAUAAAUUACAAUAUGUAAAAAUGGGCUCAUUUCAUUGUUUUCUGACAUUCCUCAUGUGUUCAAUGAAUAAAUUUAAUUUACAUAUGCCAAUGUCAAUAAAAUAAUUUUUAAAUGAAAA